AUGGUGGAUUUUGUUUUGCCACAGGUUAGCAGCUACAUUGAUGGCUGGGGGCCACCACCACAGGGCGAGUUGGAGACCCCGCUUGGAAUCGGUGAUUUCGUAGAACACUUGGAAAAGUUCCCGGUCACUCGCAUUGGCCGAGUUUGCGAUUUCACAGUUUCUGGGCAGCGCUACCAGGCGGAGAGACAAAAGGGAAAGGGCUUCAAGGGAGCUGGCAAGGGCAAAGGCCCAAUCCAGGCGCUGCAGCCAGGCAAAGAUGAGGAGGGCUUCUCCCUGGUAGAUAGCCGACCAGUGCCCGGCAAGUCCACGGGCAGGGGUCGCUCCUCAGGCAUGAAGGGAAAAGGCAAGAGUAAGGGUAUCCAAGCAAACUACCAAGAGGGUAUUCUUGGACAGAAGCAAAAACCCUACUACCAGGCCAACCAGAAUCAAGCCAAAGGAAAAGGCAAGAAGACCACAGCCACGCGCAGAGGCAUGCCUUCCUUCAAGGAGUGGUCAGUGCAAACUAGACCUGAAUGGACCCUCAUGCGCGAAAUCAUGCUUACGUCUCUUGCCAAGCUUCAGAUUGAUGCGAAGGGUGUGGACUUCGAAGAUGUCAUUUGGGCCGGCAAUCUGCCUACCUAUUGCAAGAUGUUCGACCGCAUCACUGCAAAGACUGAGCGUCCGCUGAAGAGGUUUGAGGAUCUGAAUUUCUUCAACGUCACCACUUCAGAUGACCCGGUCUUGCCGGAACUUCUGCAGAAUGAUGACUCUGUCACGGUCAUUGCCACUGAUCACGUGUUGGCCUGCCUUGUGGCAGCUGCAAGGUCAGUGUACUCCUGGGACAUCGUCGUGUCGAAGGUGGCAAACAAGUUGAUCUUUGACAAGCGAGAUGGCUCCCAGAUUGAUUUCCUGACGGUCAAUGAAACUGCGCAGGAUCCUCCCAACGCUGACGACAAGGAAAGCAUGAAUGGGCCUGUGAAGCUUGGCCAGGAAGCUUCCUGCAUCAACCAGAACUUCUCCCAGAUGGUUCUCGAUCCCGAGGAGCCAGUGGACGAGAUGCAGCAUCCCAAUCCAUUUGAGGAUGAGGAGAACCAUGGCUGCGUGGCCUCCGGUGCAUACAGAUACAGAAAGAUCACUUUGCCCGGCAAUCCGAAGGCAACCAGUGAGUUUGAGCAGAAUCCAGUCAAGCUGGUGGUGCGUUCCUUCCUCAAAGCUGAGACUAGCUUGAGACAGGAUCUUUUGGCAGAAGACUGUACCGAGGUGAACUGCAAGUUGCCUGGCAGCACCGAGCUGGCAUCUGUCAAGGCCAUGCACGAGUAUGAGCCCAAGCCAAACUACAACUGGCGUUCCCACCUGGAGUCUCAGCGAGGUGCAUGCCUUGCGACAGAGCUGAAGAACAAUGCAUUCAAGCUUGGCCGUUGGACAGCACAGGCCAUUCUGGCAGGCUGUGACACUAUCAAGAUUGGGUAUGUGUCACGGCAGCAUCCAAAGGAUCCAUGGUCGCACUCCUUGUUGGGCGUACAGACGUACACCACCAGCAGCUUUGCGGAGCAGAUUGGCCUCACACGGAACAACAUGUUCGGCAUCAUCAGGAAUAUUGUGGAUCUGAUCAUGAGUUGGGAGGAUGGCAAAUACCUCUUGCUCAAGGACAGCUUGCUAUUCAUAAAGUGUUGCUGGACAACUGUUCAACUUGAUAUGCUUUUGAUUCAAGGGAUCUUGGAGCUCAAAGCCUUGAGGCGCGCGGAAGAACUCCAGCUCGACUGCUGUGAUGAUCUGUCCGAAGAGGCUUCUCAGGAAGACCAGUUGAGCGGACCUGCGGUUGGUGGACAAAACAACAGACGCUUGGAUGAGACCCUGCAGGGGGAUGACAUCAAAGAAGAAUUCUGGGACAUGGAAAUCAAGGAACAAUUUCCAGGGCUCUUGGCCAUUUGCGGCGAAGAUGCCAGGAAACUUGUCCAGAAAUGCCCUAUUUUCCUCUUUGGCAGAGCUCGGCAAGGCAAGAGCACAGUGCUCAAUGAUUUGGUUCAAGCUCUUGGCUCAAACGAACGUCCAGCCAACGAAGAUCACUAUAAGGCUUGCACUCAAGGAGUUGAGGUUCACAGAUGGCAAUGCAAAGGAUGGACUACCCCUGGAGUUGAAGAAGAGUUGCUUCUGUUUGACACAGAAGGGUGGGAACUGGGGGGGCAAGCAGUGGACCUGUUGGACCAGUGCAUGAAAAAGGCCAACCAAGAGAGCAUCGGAGAAGAGGUUCUUCACCAGCGCCUGGUUUUGGUCUUAGUCCUGGGUGCAGAAAAUCGUCAUGAGAUUCAUGACAAGAAAUUUCACCAACUGAUCAAGCAGGUGUGUGACCAAGCCACAAGGUCAGCAGAAAGGGGCCAAGGAGGCAAACCUGUGCUUCUGCCAGUUGUUUCCAAAGAGGACCUGUUUGAGGAUUCAGACAUCCGGGCGACCACUGGCAGGGACUUUCGUAAAAUGCUGUCCGAGAAAAUUGGGCAACAGAUGGAUGUGCGAGAUCCUGUUUUCAUUGGUCGUGACAAAAAAGAUGCGGACCCAAAAAGGCCUUGCAUUCUGGAACUCAAAGACAGACUUUCCAACAUAUGCCAAGAGCAAUUGGCCUCUGUGCACAUCCUGAGAGCCGUCCAACUCAUCAUGGAGAACAAGCUGAUGCAGGAGCUGGAGAAAUGGGAGAAGGAAGGCGUUGAUCCAUCGCACAGCUUGGUUCGACGUUUCUUGUGGGUUGUUGCCCGACAUCGCAACCUACGUAUCAGGAAUCUGUAUGAAGAGCACAAAACGUUGUCCUGGGCCAAGGCUAGAGAGAAGGCACAAGAGAUUCGAAGCUUCACGAGCUCCGGUGACACAAUCGAGGGCCUCGACUCGUGGCACGAUGAUCCACUUCGUAGGAAAAAAAAGGAAACAUUGGACACACUUGGAUCGUUUGGUAUGCCGAGCAGGGAAGCAACCACAUCUGCAAGCAGCUGGGCAUUUGAUGAGGGUACUCCGGUGCCUUGGGACACUUGGCAAGACGAUGAUGAUGACGAGGAGGCCGAUGAAGAAGAGGUUGGAGACGAGGGUGCGGCUCAACUGGCCAAAGCUGUGGAGAAUGGUGGCAGUAAAAAACUGCACACUUUGGAUGUGAGUGGCGACCGUAUCUCUGACUUUGGCAUGGUCGAACUCAGCAAGGCCAUUUCAAUGGCCAACAAACUGCGGCUCUUGGAUCUUUCUGGCAACAAAGUUGGCGACACUGCCAUUGCAGAGCUUGCGCAGGCCUUGCCUCCUCAUUUGCAAGAAUUAGACCUCACUGGCAAUGAGAUUGGCAACGAAGGUGUGAGGGCUCUGGCCCGUGUGGUCAAGAAUCAUCCUCUCAAGGAGCUCUCAGUUGGCGAGAAUCACAUUGGGGAUCUUGCCGCAACGUAUUUGGCAGAAGCAUUUGGGGAGGGCUGUGGCUUGGUUGCGCUUCACUUCACUUGGUCUGAUUUGACAGACGCUGGUGCCAGCGCUUUCGCUCAACAUCUUUGCCGCCAGCCCAAACUGAGGGAACUUUGGCUCAUCAACAACAAGAUUCAAGAUGCUGGUGCCGUGGACUUGUCCCGAGCCAUGGAAGAACAUGGACGGUUGAGGCUGCUUGCGCUUGACAAGAACAAGAUUACAGACGCUGGAGCUAUGAAAUUUGUCAGUUGUCUUGUGAGAAUGGACAAGAAGGACAUGACCUGCAGCCUCGUAGGCAACCCAUCAAAGCGCUUUGAUGAGGACUCGUUGAGAAACCUGAAUGUGGUAGCAACAACUGCGAGGACCAUUGCUAAGAGAUGUGUAAAGCUGGAGAUGAUGCUGAAAUUCUUCAAGGACUUCACAUCAGUCGGUGAGAUCGCUCAAUCAAGCACAACACAGGAUGUUGUGGAGGAAGUGGUUCAGCCAACAACUGAAAGGUACGGAGCUUGCUAUGCCGAAUUCUGUCACAGUUUCGAUCCAGAGUAUUACGUUGUACACUGCUGGAAGGCCUUGUUCAGUGAUCUCCUUAUGGCAAUCGCUACCCAUGCCUCUGGAUUCACACAGCCAAAGCUGGACGCCAGCCAUGAACAGUAUGUUCGGCGUCCUGAGUCUCUACAAAGGCGCUACUUUGUGGACGUCUUUUGCAUUGACCAAGCACGGAAAUUUCCCCAACGGAAUCCACGCUGUGAGACGGACAAGUUCGACUUCGUGCUGGAAGAGUUGAGUCGACGAUCUACGAAACUGCUGGUGGCCAUGGAUCGGGACCACACUCCGAUGGCAAGAACAUGGUGCCUUGCUGAAGUGUGCUUUGCCAAGAGCUGCCAAGUGCCAGUCCUUGUAAGCUUUGGUCCUAUUCGGCCAAUGCCUCGGAGAAGGAAAGGCAUGACCUUUGCCAAAACAGACAUCUCCUUGGACGUCGAUGCAGAGCUAUUGCGGGAGGAACUGGUACAACGUGGACCGGGAAUAGGGGAGAAGUUUGAAGAAGCAGUAGUGAAGCCGCUGCAGAAAUUGGCACUUGAGACGUACAAAGCCAUCUAUGACACAAUGCCCGUUGAGCAGCAGCAGGACUGCGACUGGAUUAAGGAGCAGGAUAACGCCCGGGAGGACAUGAAGUUGUAUGGCGAGAACGGCAAUUCCGAGAAGAUGAGAAUAGCGGUUGAAGCUGGAAUCACGCACCAAGUAGAGGAUAGCUUCAUGGAGCCACAGCGACGACGGUUGGCUCAGUUGGAAUUGCAAUUCGUGCUGAACACGGAGGCAAACUACACCCUCCUGGAGCAUAUCGAUGCGCUGCAACGAACUCUGAAAGCAGCCAAAGAGGAGAAGCUUGAAGAUCCCCCUUUGAUCAGUCGUGGACAAAAGCGGCUUGCAGAGCAGGAAGCUGAAGCCCGGAGAUUGGAUGCUCAGAAGGAGCUACUGAAAUCCACUUCGCUUGGGCAAAAAGUGGCUCAACGAUGGGAGUUGGAGCAAAAGACAAAGAAAAGAACUCAUCCCGAGGUUCCACUCCUGGAUAUACCUGUAGUGAAAGAUCCAAAGCAGAUGACCAGCCAGGAAAAGAAAGAGGAAGAAAUUCGACAGCAGCGUGUCAAGGAUCAGCAGGUCAUGGUAAAGGGCCUGCGCUUAGCCUUCGAAGAGGGAGAAGAAGCAGGCUGCGAUCGGGAUGUCAUUGACAACUGUCGACGUGUCUAUUCCGAACUGCGAAUCUUCACAGCGGUCAAAGCAACUCUUCACCGUUUGGCAGUGGAGCAGGCCGCUCAGCGAUUGGCAGAGGAGACUGCUCGGAAAGCAGCCGAGCGUGCAGCUGCAAAGGAAGCUGCUCGUGAAGCUCGGAGACAGGCAGCUCUGGAGAGAGGGGAGGAUUUUGAAGAGUCAGACGAGUCUGAUGACGAUGCACAGAACAAAUUCUAUGAUGAAGAGGAAGAGAUCGAGCAGGAGGACGAAGACCCAAAGGACAUUGAGGAUGGCUCUGCAGACACGCUUGCUGCAGCCCUCAUGCGUGCAAGAGAAAUUGGUGGAAAGCAUGAGAUCCGAGACUUUGGGAAGGGCUUCUUGCAGGAACUGAAUGAGGAGGCCUACCAGCGAUAUCUGAUGCGAGAGAUGGUCUUCUCAGCUUCCAAGACAUGCGCGGAAGAACUCCAGCACGUUCUGGAGCAAGUUGUUGCUGCAGGGCUGGGCAAAAAGUCUUCUGGAAAGACGGGUCAAAGGGAGAAAGAUGCUGCAAAAUGGGAUGCUGCAACCAAUGAGGAGCGACCAGGUGUUCGACGUUUUCUACCAGAUGGUGAUACGGCGCAGGAUGCAAGCCAGGAGCAGCAAGAUCCGGAGUCUGCAGAGACACCGAUGGAAACAACCGGAGAUCAAGAGGACGAAAGACAAAGCGCUGCGAAGCAAUCAGAUCUCAGUGAGGCGACGCUGAAUCAGAAUGACGAUGCAGAUGCAGAAAAGGUUUCAGAGGCCAAGACACGACUGGCAUUCUUAAAGAUGAGGGAUGCAAUGGAGGCUCGUGACCUGGAGUCGCUUCUGAAACUUGUACCUGGGGCAGAAGCAGCAGCUGUUGAGGAGUCAGAGAUCACCUUGGGUUGGCGCUUGGUGCGUGAGUUGGAACUGGCUGUUUCCCUGAAGAAGCCAGACUUGAAGGAGAUUCGGAUGCGUCUCAGAAAGGCAACGGAAGCCAAGGUGGAGGAAGAGACAUUACGGGAAGCAGCAAGGAAGCUAGCAGCAGCAGAGAUCAGGGAAGGUUGCCGGCUGGAGAAUAUAGAGAUGUUGGAGCGAGCCAUUGACGAGGGCACAGCUGCUGGUAUGACGGACAAACAACUCUUCAUGGGGAAGCAAGCGUUCUUGAAGCUUCAGGUCUCCAUGGUGGCCACCACUGAGAGCCCGGAGGUUAUCCGGAAGUUGCUGUCGACAGCGAAAGAAAUGGGAUGGCCUGAAGAUCACAAGGACUUGGUUCAGCCAAAGACCCGCUUGGCACUUCUCGAACUUCGUGAGGCCAUUGAAGGCGCUGAUGCGGAGGUGUUACAGAAAUGCGUGGACAAUGCAAAGGAACACCGAGUUCAGAUCGAAGAAGUGGAAAAAGGGGAUUACAGGCUCAGGAUCCUAGAGCUUGAGAGCGCCACGAAAGACUACCUUCCGGAAAGACUGAGGGAUGCGAUGAUGGAAGCAAAAGUGGCAAGCUGA